CGCGUUCAGUUGGCUGCACUAAUUUUAUCAAAAUAAACACGUAAACAAGAGAAAAUUUUCGGGAAAUUUCCUUCAAUUUGUUUUUGACAUACAAAGAUCUUCAAGAUCUUGUAUUCGAAACAAACUCCAAAUUUUAAUCGUUCGUAAAUUUUAGAAAACUCCCUUUUUGAAACUUGUUUUCGCGAGUAUGGCGUCGACAGACAAGGACGACGAGUUGGAAAAACGUGCCGUAGAAGAAAUCCUUCGAGAGGCCGCCAAGGGUGCGGUGAGAGCGUCAGAAGUCGGACCUUCAGGGUGGAAGAAAGGUCCCCUCUUGAAGACCAACAAACGCUUUCUGGUCAACACACUUGCUCAACACAAUAAUUCCAAUCGUCGUCAACAUUCAGACUACAAAAGGAGAAGAUCUCGGUCCCCGGAGAACAAGAAACGGAGGACGGAAAGUUUGGGGCCCAAAUCCAGAGACAGAAAAGAACCGAAUCACUCUAACCACAGACAAAGAAGUGAAAAAAGUUCCAAUAGUGGCAGUUCUAAAAGAGAACACAAAAAACGCAAAGAAAGAGAAUGACUUAGAUGAUGUAAUUUUCUCCAUUUUUUUAUAUCAUACAGGCACGAUUUAAAAUAAAAUCCGCAUUUUCAAACUA